GGCAGCCAGAUGGUUAACGGUUUGUCUACACUAGCACACCGUAAUGGAUACGUGCGGUUUAGGCCCCCCAGAGUAGCUCGCGUUUGGGUGUGCUGGAAGCAUAUGGCAGCAAGUUCGAUGUUGCGUCAAGAAUUCAUCAUAGCAAUUUCUAAUCGUCCACAUGGCUGGGAUAACCUAUUCAAGUUUUCUGUCCUCAGAUACAGAAGCCUGUCUGCAGAUGAAGAGGUCCCAAUGACGAGCAGCGGUUCUCAGUCCUGGUCCCGGGAAAUCAAAGGGAUGCACGUUUCAGCCUUAGCACGACACAGCUGAUUCAAAUGAUCAACUCAUCAAGCUUCAAGUAGUAUUUAUGUAUUCAUUUGUGAUGCUAUCCUUGAUAUGAUCCUGCUAUUGUCACAUGCUACACAUGCAUCUAUCUAUCCAAUGUUAUCAUGAUUUGUUAUGAGGGAUAUUAUACUUCAGUAAUCCACAAUGACCUGGUGAUGUGAAAGUCUAAUGACAUUAUCUUCCAUAUUCCUACAGAUACCUUGUAACAGGACAUUAUUUCAAAAUGAUUUCCUACAGUUACCGUGUAGGGCACUGCAAGGGUGGGUGACCAGGGCCAUCUGGGACUGCCUCCUGGGGGAAUUCAGGCGUGUGAAGGCUACCUGUGUCCUACAUAAUAUAAUGGACACGAGGACCAGGAGGGGAUCUGCAACUCGCCACCAUGUGCCAUAGGAGAAGUCUGCUGCUCUUCAGGAUGUUUCAAGGAUGGGGUCCAACAAUGCAGCAAGAGGCGAGAGAUCUUCACCUCCUACUUCUUCGAAGGGUGUGCUGUUCCCUGGCAACACCAUAGACUACACUAUGAACAACCAAAGGCUAUUUUAAGAGCCAUCCACAUUGAAAUAAGAGUAUUCUUCCAUUUGCUUAGCUAUGUCAACUGCAGUUGUUCAAUUCCCAGUUUCUCUCCCUUUUAAUUUCAACUUCUCAGGUGAGGGUGCUGUUUAGGUAAGGGUGUGAUGUCUGUACAAAAACAAAACAGGCUAUUUUAAGUCUCCCAUAUUGAAAAGAUGUAGAACAAUUAGACACCCUAUAACCCACACCUACACACUUAUCUAUCAAUCUGAUUCAUGGGUUGUGCAGUAAGCAGACUCAGGUGUAUAACUGUGGCUCCUUCCACAUUCAAAGAAUAGGCAAGAGGGCCAACCAUGGAGAAUAGUAAGACACUUAAUUAUUUCUAUAACUGCGCUAUAUUGUUUGUCCUCGUAAGUCUGCACGUUUUUCCAGCAUACAUUGCUCUGCAGCCACUUAGUGUGGACACCAGGUGUGGCCACACGCACAGAUUCCUGUUGAACACUUGUCUCUUUAACUACCUUAUUUUGUCUAACAGUCUCUGAGAGAUUAUUAGGGUAGCACUGUAAUUCAUUAAUCAUAUACUGUCUUCCCUGCUCCUCUGUUCUUUCCCUUUGUCUUUUACAGCUCUCUUGCCACCUCUUUCCUCCUGUUUUUAUAAUGCACAACAGAUGUGCAUUGAAGUACAGAUUGAACUUGUAUUUCUAAUAUUACAAUUAUAUUUAUAAUGCAUAUAUUAUUAUAUUAUAUUAUUAUGUUGGAGCGGUUCUGGGCAGGAGGCCUCUGACAGUGGAACAAAGUCUUCACAAUCCGGUCCAGGAGUAGAGCUGAUGAUGACAAGGGGAGGAGAAGAGAGAAACAGAGUGAGGAAGGAAGAGUUGUUCAGUCAACAGGAUGUUUCAAGUCACCAUACCACAAAUGUCAUGGUAAAAUAUUGGCCCAUGCAAGGUUCUAAAGAGUCUUAAAAAGCAAUUGAUAGGCCAUAAAUGGCCCAUCCUGGGAACUCUUCCACUAGGAAAGUAUGACACAACCUCAAGAACUCGAAUCAACAACCCAAAUGCAGUGUUAUGUAAACACAUCGAUACCAUUAUAAUCGUGAACAGCCGCUUCUGUUUUUCCUUUGACUCUGCAGAGGUGACACUGUCGGCAGGUUAAAGGCAGGGAACUUUCCCAUGGGCCCUGGUAUUUGGCGCAGGCCCACCGCAAUGCCAGCUACUACAGACCGGCUCGAUGAUGGAGCCACGAUUAAAAUGGAUACUACCCUUUGCCUACCACUGAACGCAAAAUUAAUUGGCAGAUAUAAACGAAAUAUCAGACACUUUCGUGAAUUGAUGAAUUGUUUGCCAAUUAUGCAGCUCUGUGUGAUAUUGUCCAGACCAUUAACCCAAUGCAGCUUUAAAGGGAUGGUGCCGUACAAGGUGCCGAUGAACCAGGGCACGGAGUGGCCAGUGAUCUCCACCAACCUCACCAGGUGCAGAAUGCUGCCACAGGUGGAGUCCUCAAAGACGCACACCUCUAGCUGCUUGGAGAGCCACAGGUUGCUAGCUAAUAACAACCAGUAUGUCCCCGGGGCUCGGCCCACCCAGUCUCUGGAGUGAGACUCUGGGUUAGAGCGUUCUAAUCACCUGUAAAAGCACACUGGACAGGUAUAUAGAACAUGUGCAAAAAUGACCAUAACAAGUGUUCUAAUCACCUGUAAAUGCGCACUGGACAGGUGUAAAGAACACGUGUAAAACGUACUGUUGACACUUGAAAAAAGCAACAAAAAAAACGCUUUUUACGCCUGUAAACGCUUUUUAUAAAUAGUUUUUGUAUUUUUAUCACCUUAAAAGCAAACUGGAUAAGUGAGAAAAAAAAUCAUGUCUACAAAAAUAUGACAUUUGACACUUGAAAAAUGAUCAUACUAAGUGUUAAAACCUGUUCCGGGUUAGACGAUUUGAACCUGCUGUCAUCAGUAUGCUGUUACUGGAGCGCGCGGGUCUUCAUUGCGACCAUGCCCGGACUACUUCUAGGAGAUGUGUUUCCUAAUUUUGAGGCCGAAACCACUAACGGCAAAAUUAAAUUCCACGAUUUUUUGGGUGACUCCUGGGGUAUCCUGUUCUCCCACCCCCGUGACUACACCCCUGUCUGCACCACAGAGCUGGGCCGAGCAGCCAAACCCAGCGACGAGUUCAGCAGGCGCAACGUGAAGAUGAUCGCCCUGUCCAUUGACAGUCUGGAGGACCACCAUGGCUGGACCAAGGACAUCUUGGCCUACAACAAUGAGGAGUCUGGCUGUGCGUUCCCUUUCCCCAUCAUAGCAGACAAUCAGAGGGAGCUGGCAGUGGCCCUGGGCAUGCUGGACCCAGAUGAGAAGGACAAGGACGGCAUGCCCCUCACUGCCCGCUGUGUUUUUGUGAUUGGCCAAGACAAGAAGCUGAAGCUGUCCCUGCUCUACCCUGCCACAACGGGGCGUAACUUUGAUGAGAUCCUGAGAGUGGUCGACUCCCUGCAGCUCACAGCAAAGAACCGGGUGGCCACCCCUGCUGAUUGGCAGCCUGGUGAGCGCGUGAUGGUUCCUCCAAAUAUCCCUGAGGAGGAGGCAGCAGUCAUGUUCCCUGCAGGGGUCUACACCAAAGAGCUACCCUCAGGAAGGAAGUACCUGCGCUACACACCUCAGCCAUGAGGGGCAGCAGAGGAUCACACCUAUAGUCACACAGCCUCCCACACAACCACAGAGGGAGAUGAUGAGGACAAUGAAAGGGAUUGCCAUUCUCUUUAGGAUGAUGGAAUGCUGGUCAUAUCACAGAUUGACUGGUAGCAUUUUGCUGAUAAUAUGGUGUCAGGACGUGUUGCAUUUGUUGUAGUACUCGCAUGUUCAAAGACACAUAGCAGACAACUCAAUUUAUUGAGUUGAAUGUGCAGUUGUCAGGUUUAAGAUGUAUUAAAUACUUUGGACAGGUGUGCUGCCUUACUUCUCAUAGUGAGACGAUUAAUAAAACGCCUUCAACAGCAA